AUCGUAAUUGGCCAAUUUGACUAAAUUUGCGAACGCGCGCUGGACUAGGCAAGUCCGUGAAAGCGCUUAUGUAUGUGUGUGAAUGCGCCAAUGCAUAAUAUACUGUCCGAUUUCCCCAGUAUUUCCUAUAUAUCAUUUGUUGAUGCUGUUGCCAUUAGUGCAUUUUCACGAAAGAACUUUUUUCCAACAAGCGCGAUAUUAAUCGAGUCGACGAAGAGGUUAACCUAAAGCGAGAUUUGUGACCAGCUUCAGUGUAGCUCCUUCAGGAACGAACGGUCGGUCGUUGUCAUUUGAAAACGGAAGCCAUCUUGUGGCCAAGGCUCCCAUAUUACUACUGGGAAUAAUAGUUCGCCGACUAUUUGUUCCGAAAAAUUGCUCCGUAUCUUUUUCAUUACGUCUAGACUAUGCAUGAAUCAUUGUUCCAUAUGUUUACAUAGCCAUGGCUGCGACGAGAAAGUUGCAAGGUGAAAUAGACAGGUGCCUUAAGAAAGUGACAGAAGGGGUAGAAACGUUUGAGGACAUUUGGCAAAAAGUACACAAUGCUACUAACAGCAACCAGAAGGAGAAAUAUGAGGCUGACCUUAAAAAGGAGAUUAAAAAGCUUCAGAGGUUACGCGAUCAGAUCAAAAGCUGGAUCGCCUCUGGCGAGAUUAAGGAUAAAAGUACUCUCCUCGAUUACCGGAAGUUGAUUGAAACUCAAAUGGAGAGGUUCAAGGUCGUUGAAAGAGAAACGAAAACAAAGGCUUAUUCCAAGGAGGGCUUAGGGGCUGCCCAAAAGCUCGAUCCGGCUCAAAAAGAAAGGGAGGAAGUUAGUAACUGGCUUGCAAACUCCAUAGAUGCUCUUAAUCUACAGCUUGAUACCUUCGAAUCAGAGAUUGAAUCCUUACUCGCUGGAAAGAAGAAAAGGUUAGAUAAAGACAAGCAGGAUAGAAUGGAUGAACUCAAAGGAAAACUCGAAAAACAUCGAUACCAUAUUCGCAAAUUAGAGACUUUGUUGCGUAUGUUAGAUAAUAUGUCUGUCGAAGUAAAUACGAUCAAGAGGAUAAAGGACGACGUCGAGUAUUACAUCGAAUCAUCACAAGAGCCUGAUUUCGAGGAGAACGAGUACAUUUACGAUGAUAUAAUCGGUCUUGACGAGGUGGAAUUGUCGGGAGUCGGGAUUCCGUCAUCUGCAACAACGGAUAGUAACAACAGUAAUGAAACUGGAGGCACACCAACGUCUACUAAUUCCGGAACUUCGCCAAUACCGUCACCCCCUCUAAGUUCUACUAUGCACAAUCAUUCGAGUGAUAGUUCUACAGAUACGGACAAAAAAACUAAGCCAACAACGGGAAGUACUGCCCUCAUCAAACCAAAUCUAUUAACGAGUAGCACUCCAAGCAAGACCAUUCCCAUGACACUUAGCCAUAGCUCGCCAAUUUCCACAAGUAAUCACGUAGCUACGACAAAUGCUGGUAAUUUCGCCACAGUAGCAGCAUCGCACAGCAACUCUCAAGUCAUCCAUUCUACCUCUAGUAAAACGUCAUGUAAAAUCGAACAUUACAGCUGUACUAUGGAAGAAUCAACUCAGGGGAGUGAAAAUGGACUUUUAUCCUCCUCAUCUACGUCAAGUGUGACAUCAAGCACACCACAAGUGAUCUCUCAACAUAGCAACCCACCGCCCGCGCAGCCGUCGCAUGUACUGCACAGCCAACAGAGUCAGAAUCACAUCGGCGAAACAGAAAUGACGACACCCGUUCCACCAUCGUCAUCGCCGCAGUCAUCCGUCAGUAGUCGAUCAUCACCUAUCCCCGCAAAUUCUUGUUCACCAGCACCUUCUACUGCUAAUGGUCUCAUUCCUAAAAUUCCCGAAGGCAUGUCCACUCUAAAAUCUAUUGCCCAACAAGUAAUUGUCCGAGCAGGUUUGGAGAUACCACCUUGUGAGCCGAAUAGAAAUAUCUACGAUAGUCCCAAAGCAAAUAGUACCAUCACUAAUAACAACAAUGCAACCUCAGAAGCACACAUUCCGCCGCUGCUUGGUGUAGCACCUCUGGGGCCAGUUCCGCUUCAGAAAGAGCAUCAGCAUCAAUUCCAGAUGAUGGAAGCGGCGUACUACCACAUGCCUCAUCCCUCCGAUUCGGAACGAUUGAGGGCGUAUUUACCCAGAAAUCUAUGUCAAACGCCUCCUUAUUAUCAGCAGGUACAGCUUCCACAUUCAGACACUGUAGAGUUCUUCCAACGAUUAUCAACUGAAACGUUGUUUUUCAUAUUUUAUUACAUGGAAGGUUCGAAGGGUCAAUAUUUGGCAGCUAAAGCAUUGAAGAAACAAAGUUGGAGGUUCCAUACGAAAUACAUGAUGUGGUUUCAAAGGCACGAAGAACCGAAAAUUAUUAAUGAGGAAUACGAACAAGGGACGUACAUAUAUUUCGAUUACGAAAAGUGGGGGCAGCGAAAAAAGGAAGGCUUUACUUUCGAGUACAAGUACUUAGAGGACAGAGACCUUAAUUAAUCGCAUAUUUGCUGACUGAUAAAGUCUGGAAAGUCUCCUGAGCAGACAAUUUCUGUACUCAUAUGAUGGAAAAAAAUUGAAAGGCAGACUUAUUUUUUACAAUUCUAUAUUUUCGCGAAAUAUAAUUUUAUUUAUUGGCAAGUCAGAAUGAAUCGUUUCUCGCUGGAGAGAAGUAGAGCAGAAGAAAGAAAGAGUAGGAGAUCGGCGAAGAUCACAAGGAAGAGCGCAACGUAGUUGGCAACGAUGGCAAAUUAAAUCCUUUCCCUUUUGAAAGAAAAAAUAAAAGACGAUACAAAAGUGAAUCGAGUACGAUUACCGGGAGACUGUAACCGUUACUAUAAAACGUUGAGAGGCACCAGAGACACACUUUAGCAGUUUAGUGUGGGGUGUGUGAUAACAAGAGGAAGAAGUUAUACUCGCUGACGACUGACUCUGUAAUACCAGUACAAACAUGCGCGCGACCCAUCUGUCGUUUAAUGGCAUGGUGGAGGGCGCUCAUGCUAUGGUAUGUCUUAAUGUUUAGAUUAUAAGUAGCCUUUUUGUAUAAAGUAUAUUGAGGUAUAAAACCCUUAAAUUGAAUUACUGUACAGAAUGUGUAGAAAUAGUGAAUAAUAAUAUUAUGGAAUAUAUUUUAUUUCUCAUUUGAAUGAAA